AUGAAGAGAAAUGGCGUGCAGAGAAGCCUGUGGGACUCUGUGCAGUCGUACUGGCGCUGGAAGCAGUCAAACGUUGCUGCGGCCGCAUCGGCAACGGGGGCUGCGGCGGCCGUCCGCGGCGGAAAGAAUGGGGGCCUUGGUGAGGCGGGGUUGGGGCAUGGGAACGUGCCCACCUCCACCUUUUUUCCCUCUCUGCUUUCAUCCUCGUCACCGCUGGAUGCGGUGAAAGGCGUUGUGCGCGACCGUCGCACUUGCAGGCGCUUUGACCCAACACGUCCAGUUGACCUUGACGUGCUGAACGAUAUUCUCGCCGUGACGGUGCGGGCUCCCACAUCUCUGAACCUGCAGCCGUGGGUGGCUGUUGUGGUGUGCGAGGAGGAGCAGCGAGCGGCACUCUCGCGUGCGGCGCUGAGUCAACCGCAACCCCGCGACGCACCGGUGACAAUUGUGUUUGCCGGUGACAUGGAACCGGAGCGCAAUGCCCCGGCGGCACUGGAGCAUGGUCUUGAGAGUGGCUACUUGGACCCAAUGUAUGGUGCAAACUAUCUGCGCAACACGUACUAUCUACUCCACGGUGGCCCAGUAGAAUCCAUCAGUCACAUUAAGUCUUUCCUGUCUGCGUGGUAUAGCAAAGCCACAGGCCACCCGCUGCUGUCCGUUCCGACAAGCAAGCAGGGGUACGCGUGGAAGCAGGCGAUGAUACCGGUGACGACAUUUCUGUAUCUUGCCACUGCGGCGGGGUUUGACACGGGCAUUCUUGAAGGAUUUGAUGAGGCGCAAGUGAAGCAGGUUGUAGGGCUACCGCCACGUUUCACUGUGCCAGUAAUUAUGUGCGUUGGAUACGGCGCGAAGGAUGGGUUUCACUCUGUGCGCAGCCCACGCUUUGAAACGCGGCACUUGAUUCGGUGGGGAAAGUUCUAA